ACUGCGGGGUUGCGGGCUCGGCGCCCCAGGGAGGCGGGCGCGUGGCCGCCGGAGCGGCCGCCCCAGCUGGCCGCGAUCGCGGGAUUUAUAAGCUGGAGAUGAGGGUCGCUAGAGCCCAGGGAUGGCAAAGUUUGUGACACUUGGGCAGAAGCUGCAGCUGCAGGGUCCAGGCCGGAGUUAAGUGAUGGGGCCAUUUGAGCACCUGCGGAAAACCAGGCAGGAGGAACAGUAACCCCAGGAGAGCACAGGCUGCUGCUGCCGGGAUGCAGGGAUGACGCCUCCGCAGGCCCCAGCCUCCCUCCCGCCUGGGUGCUAGGAGCCAUCCCUGGGCUCCAGCCGGGAGCCCUGCCGCCCAGGGGCAUGGCCAAACCUUUCUUCCGACUCCAGAAGUUUCUCCGCCGGACGCAGUUCCUGCUCUUCUUCCUCACAGCCGCCUACCUGAUGACCGGCAGCCUGCUGCUGCUGCAGCGGGCCCGAGUGGGCCUCCCGCCGGGCCCCCGGGCCCCCGGCCCCCUGCAGGCCCUGCCCGUGUCUGCCGUGGCGCUGGGCGUGGGCCUGCUGGACAGCAGAGCCCUGCAUGACACCCGGGUCAGCCCAGAGCUGCUGCUCGGCGUGGACGUGCUGCGGGGCCCCCUGGCCCGGCCCCGGCCCGGCCCCCGCUGGCUCCGCAGCCGCAACUCAGAGCUGCGCCAGCUGCGGCGCCGCUGGUUCCACCACUUCAAGGGGGACCCCCAGGGGCCGCCCGCCCUGGGCCCCGAGGCCCCCAGGCCAGCCGCCAGCAGCCAAGGCACAUACAUGGGAUGCUUCAGUGACGACGGCCAGGAGAGAACUCUGAAGGGGGCUGUGUUUUUUGACUUGAGAAAGAUGACCGUCUCCCACUGCCAGAAUGCGUGUGCUGAGCGGUCCUACGUCUAUGCUGGCUUGGAGGCCGGGGCCGAAUGCUACUGUGGAAACCGGCUCCCAGCAAUGAGCAUGGGGCCAGAGGAGUGUAACCAUGAGUGCAAAGGGGAGAAGAGCUCCGUGUGCGGGGGUGUGGGCCGUCUCUCCGUGUACCGCGUGGAGCAGCUGCAGCCCGGCUCCAGGAAGCGAAGGACCGUCACGUACCGGGGCUGCUUCCGACUGCUGGAGAACAUCACACACGCCUUCCCCGACUCCCUGGUACAGGCCAACGUGACCGUGGAGACGUGUUCAGGAUUUUGUUCCCAGAAAGAGUUCCCCUUGGCCAUCCUCAGGGGCUGGGAGUGCUACUGUGCUUACCCCACCCCUCAGUUCAACCUGCGGGAUGCUGUGGACAGCUCGCUGUGUGGCCAGGAGUCUGAGGCCCAAAGACUAGCGGAGUACUGUGAGGUCUACCAGACGCCCGUGCAGGAUACCCGGUGCACGGACCGGAGGUUCCUGCCCACCAAAUCCAAAGUGUUCGUGGCUCUGUCGAGCUUCCCGGGAGCCGGGAACACAUGGGCGCGGCACCUCAUCGAGCACGCCACCGGCUUCUACACAGGGAGCUACUACUUUGAUGGAACUCUCUACAACAAAGGGUUCAAGGGCGAGAAGGACCACUGGAGGAGCCGGCGCACCAUCUGCGUGAAGACCCACGAGAGUGGCAGGAGGGAGAUUGAGAUGUUCGACUCGGCCAUCCUGCUGAUCCGGAACCCGUACAGGUCCCUGGUGGCCGAGUUCAACAGGAAAUGCGCCGGGCACCUGGGCUACGCAGCCGACCGCAACUGGAAGAGCAAAGAGUGGCCGGACUUUGUUAACAGCUAUGCGUCAUGGUGGUCCUCGCACGUGCUGGACUGGCUCAAGUACGGCAAGCGGCUGCUGGUGGUGCACUACGAACAGCUGCGGCGCAGCCUGGUGCCCACGCUGCGGGAGAUGGUGGCCUUCCUCAACGUGUCCGUGAGCGAGGAACGCCUGCUCUGCGUGGAGAACAACAAGGAAGGCAGCUUCCGGCGGCGCGGCCGGCGCCCACACGACCUCGAGCCCUUCACCCCCGCGAUGAAGGACCUGAUCAACGGCUACAUCCGGACGGUGGACCGGGCCCUGCGUGACCACAACUGGGCCGGGCUGCCCCGGGAGUACGUGCCCAGAUGAUAGGCCCCGGCCCGCUCUGCCCACCCUGCUGGGAGCCGGCCGCCCCCGCGGGGCUACGCACGUGCUCAAGCGCUCGGGUGCCCCCCUGGGAUGCUCGGGCGCCGAUGCCACCUGCAGGGAGGUCCCCCCCCACCCGGGGCUGCCUGCCUCCUGCACGGGGAGACUGGACGUGAGCCCCGGCCAGGCGGACCCGAUGUCACAGGAUGGACGCAAGGGGACACGCACUCCUAGCCAGACCCGCUUAGACCUGCCACUCGCUGCUCACGGUGCCCUAACGCGCCUAAGCCACCACCCCGGCUGUGCCAGACACUCCCAGACUUGCAGACACGAACGUUGAUGCAGGCAUGCAGACGCCAGGUUGUGCGUUCCUAGGGGCUGCCUGUCCGUCUCUCCCACACACUAACACACACGUGCACCCGGGGCUCUCGGAGGCCCCGGGCUUCCUGUUUCCAGCCCAGCGCAGGCUUGCUGCUCAGGGGCUUUGACUGGGGGAUACUGGGCUGGGCGAGCUUAGUGCUCUGAGGACCUGGGAGCCCAGCCUGGAGAUGGGCUCACAGCCUGUGCCCGCCGGGCCGGGCAGCCCUGACCGCGCGCCUGUGUCCCACAGUGUGUGUGGUGCGAUGACCGGGCCCCGCCAGCUCUGCGGCCCUGCCUCUCCCUUCGCUGGGGGGGUGCUGGUGGCACCACGGGUGGAGCGGAGCUGCCCACACAAACCCCGCACCUCAGGACCGGCCACAAGUUCUGUGCACCCCCGACCCCCCGUCCAAUAUCAGCACU